GCUAGUAGCAGCUUCCUUUUACAGCUUUCAGAAGCAGAGGAUGAACAAGUGAAAGAAAGGACUUAAAGGUUACGCGCCAUGAAAAGAUGAAAAUAGCCAAGAACAAAAACUGAGGCUUCUUUGGUUUGCUGGGAUAUUGUUUGAGAGCAGAUGCACAACUGUUGAGCUCAGGCUCCCGGGUGAGAAACAGGAUGCCAAGUUAUCAACCUUGGUACCAUGGCAAUAUAACUCGAUCCAAAGCUGAGGACCUUUUAUCUAAGGCAGCAAGAGAUGGAAGCUUCCUCAUCCGGGACAGUGAGUCCAUACAGGGAGCGUAUGCCCUCUGUGUUUUGUACCAGAACUGCGUGUACACAUACAGAAUCCUGCCAAAUGAGAGCAAAAAGUUGUCUGUCCAGGCAUCAGAAGGAGUCCCUAUCAGGUUCUUCACUAUGCUGCCUGAGCUUGUUGAGGCAUAUUACAGUCCCAACAUGGGCUUGGUCACACAUCUGCAGUACUCUGUCCAGAGGGAAGAGGAGAUGGUGGACGAGGAGCCAGAAUCCAGUAGUCUUCCACCGCAGCUUCCACCCAGGAACUUCACAGCCACUGAUGUGAAAGAUAGUGACUCCAAGUCUUCUGAGCAGGCCUGCAACUCUUUACCAGACACCUACCUGAUGAGACUGCAGCACAUGGACCUGUCCAUAAUACCUGAGGAGCAUCAAAUUGCCAUUCAAGAAUACUUCAGGACCUCAAUCUGGUUGGAUGCUGAACAAGUACAGAACGGUAACACCAACCUCCCUGGGCUAAAGAAGCUAACACAAGCAAUCUGCAAGAAUCUGAACAGUGAAAUUUCUCGCAUCCUGCCAGCACUGGAUGUCUUUCAUAAAAUGGUAGACCAACAGCUCUCCCCAGGGAUUGGCCAGUUUCCAAAACAAAUUUCUGCUGAUUCAGGUCAAUCGGUAUCCUUUAGGCUUGAGCAACUGACAAAACUACUCUACUCAAUAGAAGAUAAGGCUAAAAGUUCUGUGUUUGAGUCUGUUGGAUAUGAAGGAGGACACAGAAAAUCUCUCAUACCCCCUGUCAUGUUUGAGGUCAAACAAGAAUGCCUUGCUAUUCCCACAAAGAUGUUCCUGAAGGUGGAUGUUGAAAGUGGGAAGCUGUACUUCAAGAAGUCAAAAGAUGGCCCUGAGGACAAAUACUUUGUGCACAACAAAAUCUUGCAGUUGGUGAAGUCCCAAAAAAUGCACGCCAAACUUGUGAUUGUGGUGGAGACAGAGAAAGAGAAGAUUUUGCGUAAAGAGUUUGUCUUCGAUGACACAAAGAAAAGGGAGGGAUUCUGCCAGCUACUUCAACAGAUGAAGAACAAGCACUCUGAAAAGCCUGAACCAGACAUGAUCACAGUGUUCGUUGGCACCUGGAACAUGGGAAACGCCAAUCCUCCUCACAAAUUCAGUUCCUGGUUUCAGUGUAAGGGCCAGGGAAAGACAAGAGACGACACCGCAGAUCACAUCCCGCAUGACCUUUAUGUCAUCGGAACACAGGAGGAUCCUUUGAGUGAGAGGGAGUGGGCAGACACAGUGAAAGGUGUCUUGAGGAACAUCACAAACAUCAGUUUUAAACAAGUGGCAAUUCACACUCUGUGGAACAUUCGGAUUGUGGUCCUGGCCAAGCCUGAGCACGAAAACAGGAUCUCCCAUGUUUUCUCUGACAGUGUGAAGACAGGGAUCGCCAACACUCUGGGAAACAAGGGAGCAGUGGGAGUGUCCUUCAUGUUCAAUGGUACAUCCUUUGGUUUUGUCAACAGUCACCUGACCUCUGGCAGUGAGAAGAAGCUCAGACGCAAUCAAAACUACACCCACAUCCUGCGAUUUCUGAAUCUGGGAGAUAAGAAGCUCAAUCCAUUUGACAUUACACAUCGAUUCACACACCUCUUCUGGCUCGGUGAUUUGAAUUACCGUGUUGAAUUCCCAUCUACAGAAGCUGAGAAUAUUGUGACAAAGAUCAAACUGCAGCAGUACCAGGAACUUCUCAGUAAAGACCAGCUCAGCAUGGAACGGAAUGAUAGAAAGGUCUUCUUGCAUUUUGAUGAGGAGGAAAUCACAUUUGCACCCACAUAUCGCUUUGAAAGAGACACACGAGAAAAGUAUGCCUACACAAAAGCCAAAGCCACAGGGACAAAAUACAACUUACCCUCAUGGUGCGAUCGUGUCCUGAGGAAGUCCUACCCUCUUGUUCAUGUCGUCUGUCAAGCAUAUGGGUGCACUAAUGACAUCAUGACAAGUGACCACUCACCAGUUUUUGCCUCGUUUGAAGUUGGAGUAGCCUCACAGUUUGUCUCCAAGCAAGAUCCAAAUAGUGCACCUCAAGGUGGGAUACAGAUCAUGAACUGUGUGGCCACUUUGUUGACAAAAUCAAACACCAAGUUCUUCAUCGAAUAUCAUUCCAGUUGCUUGGAGAAAACUGUCAAGACGUCAGAGGGAGAAAACACCGACCACUCAGAUGGGUCAAUAAAAGUUCGGUUUGGAAACCAAGUUAUGCUCACCCCCAUUAUCUCGGACCCCGAGUACCUUUUGGACCAGCACAUCCUCAUCUGUGUGAAGUCAACAGAUUCUGACGAGUCUUACGGUGAGGGCUGUGUUGCACUGCGAGCUGCCCAGUUUUGCUAUACAGAGUUUCAGGUCACCCUGACUCACAACGGAGAGAAGGCGGGCGUGUUGACAGGUGGCAUCCAGUUACACACAUCUGAGGGCAAGCCCACGGAGAAGUUGUAUGAUUUCAUCAAAAUUGAGAAGGAUGACCCUGUCACCUCCAAAUGCAAAGGCAGUGAGCUCAACAAGCUGUCUCUCACCCAAGCACAUGAUAUUUCCAACCCCAAUUACAUGGGAAUGUCCUUCAAAACUGGAAAUGUGGUAGAUAAAGGCUGGAGUUACAGUAUGCCACCAAAAAAUGUAUCUACUGCCGGGCAAGGGGGUAAAGACUCCAAGAAGGGUGGCUAUGAUGUGGGCACGCGCAGUCCCACAGGAAAAACCUGUCUCCCGGGUGAGGAGGAAAAAGCAUCAGAGAUGUUUGACAACCCUUUGUAUGGUUCAAUGGUAAAAUCCCAUGGUUGGUCCAAGGACCAAGACCUUCAGCACAAGGACCACCUCAUACCCCCAGACCCAGUGUUUGCACCUUCCAAAGCAGCAGACGGCGACUCUGAUCGCCCCCCAGUUCCCACCCCACGUAACCGAUCUUUUACCUGCUCAGAGACCAAGCCUCAGCAUUCCACCCCCAUCACCUCCUAUCCCUCAGCAUACAAGAAACCGGUGAUGCCCUCGCGCUCAGAAGGUGGGAUGGCACACAGCCGGCCUCCUGUACCUGCUAAGAACCGACCAGCCAUGCCAGAGCCGCAGAUCACUAAAUCCAGAGACUACAGAGACAGCGCCGAUCUCCCCAGCAAACUCAGAAUGCCAACAAAACCUGGCCAGUUGCAGUCUCAGAGGCACGCAUCCUGAAGUUCCCAAGAUGGGCUGCUCUGUGAAGUGAGACCAGGCUGCAGCACUGAAUGUAGCCUGCAGCUUCCCGCCUUGCAUUUUUGGAAACAUAAAGUACACAGAGCAAAGGCUUCAGCCAAUUACUCCAUGUGCCGUAUCCCUGAUGGGUGACUAGUCAUUUGUUGCCAUUUUGGGAAAUAUUUCAAUUUUCUUUAUUGUAUUAGAGAAAGAAUUAGGUAAAAUGAUUUGAAUCCAGUCUCAAAACUGUCCUUUUAAUACAUAGCUACAGCUACAGCUAGCUCUCAUUUAUCCUAGCAUAAAGGCUGAGAAGCAGGGGGAAAUGGCUAGCCUGGCUUUGUCCAAAGGUUAAAAAAAUCCUCCUACUAUAUAUAUUUAACACAUUAAUCACCUUUGGAAAGUGCUAGGCCAGCUGUCUUCUGCCUGCAGGUUUUAAUGAUAAGGUAAACUAGCCAUCUGAGACUGCAGAUAAAACAGAAAAAUAGGUCUACUUCCCAGACUGUCAGCCUGUUCUUUCAAAGUGAUAUAAACAUUAGAGACCCUUGUCAGACUUAAUUUCUGCUAAGCUUGCAUUACAAAAUAGUUUUAUAUUGAACUUGUCUUAUUUUACAUAGUUUCAUAAUAUACAGUAGCUAAUCAAUGUUUACUUUACAGUAUUAUCUUUCACAAACAUUGACGAUGUAUAAUGAAGAUGUAUAAUAAAUGCUGCAAUAAA